GCGGAUGAUGAUGAUGAUGAUGAUCAUAGCCACCAUCAUUAUUAUUAUCAUAAUCGAUGGUUAGAAAAUCUUUCUUGGUUAUCGAAACAUGGACCUACAACAACAACAUCCAUGAUAUUACCGCCGCCGCCACCACCACCAUCAUCAUCGACGGUGGCGGUAGUAAAAUCGAUGUCAACUGAACAGACAACAUUGGAAUCAAAUAAUUUUUUUCAUUUGUCAAAUAAUAAUGAUGAUGAUGAUGUUGAUCACGCAAAUUAUCAAUCCAAUAGAAAAUGGCCGGAAAUGGUCAAUAAAAAUGACCAUAAACCUAAAUAUGCAUCGAAUGACAUUAAUAAUAAUGGAUCACCAUCAUCAUUACUAUUAUCAUCAACAUUGGAUCAACAUGGUAGUACAAAAGAAGAACAACGAAAAAAUGCCUGUCUUCGUGAACGUACACGAAUGAGAGAUAUGAAUCGUGCAUUCGAUAUGUUACGUGAUCGAUUACCAUAUAUACAACCUAGACAUUUAAAUGGAAAACGUGUAUCAAAAAUUGAAGCCUUAAGAAUGACUAUCAAAUACAUAAAACAAUUACAACAAAUGAUUAAUGAAUAA